CAGUUUUUGGCCAUGGCCAUAUCGUCGACGGUUGAAGAACGGCCACCUCAACAUCAAGUGUUCAUCAAUUUUCGCGGGGCAGAGUUACGCAAUGGAUUCGUCAGCCAUCUCGUCACGGCCUUGCAAAGUAAGGACAUUAACGUCUUCAUCGACAAGCUCGAAGACCGAGGCAAACCCAUAGAAAUACUAUUGGAUAGGAUACAGAAGUCAAGAAUAGCUCUGGUUAUCUUCUCUGGGAAGUACACCGAGUCCGUCUGGUGCAUGAGAGAGGUGGCGAAGAUCAAGGAUUGUAUGGAUGAAGGAACACUCGAGGUGAUUCCCAUCUUUUACAAGGUAGAGCCAUCCACGGUGAAAUAUUUGAUGGGAGACUUUGGUGAUACAUUCAGGAGUUUGGCCAUGAAUGAAUAUGAUGAGGGGAAGGAGAAAUGGGAGGACGCUUUGAAAGCGGUUUCUGGUAUAAUGGGCACCGUGGUCGAUGAAAAAAGCGAGGAGAGCGAAAUAGUAAAAAAAACUGUGGAUGACAUUAGGAAAGCGCUGAUCAGAAUUCCAUCGGAGGGAAGCCAAACUACCUCUGUCAAUCCUUCACCAAAUAGGGACACUCGAACUUCCUCAGGAGAAGAAAAGCAUGAGACUUUUGGAAACGAACUACGCCUAAAGGAAUUGGAAGAGAAAUUGGAUCGUACAAUCAAGAAAACUUGUAUCAUCGGAGUUGUUGGUAUGCCUGGAAUUGGUAAAACCACACUGCUGAAAGAGCUCUUUAACAAGUGGCAGAAUAAGUUUAAUAGGUGCGCAUUAAUCGAUGAAAUCCGUGGAAAGUCAAAUCCCUCCGAGGAUUUUGAUAUCUUGCCCAAAUUGCUUGUACGAGAGUUACUAGCGUUUAAUGUGUCCACCUUAGAAAAUGUUGAAGACCCAUACGAAGUGUUUAAGGGUCUACUUCUCAACGAGAAAGUUCUUGUCAUUCUUGACGAUGUUAGUAAAAGUGAACAGAUAGACGCUCUUCUUGGGAAACGCGACUGGAUUACUGAAGGAAGCAGGAUUGUCAUUGCAACAAAUGACAUGUCCUUACUAAAGGAUUGGGUAACAGAUACUUACGUGGUCCCGCUACUGAACCACCAAGAUGGCUUGAAACUUUUCCACUAUCAUGCCUUUGAUGAAGCUAAUCCUCCUGAAGAUUUCAUGCAGCUUUCAAAAGAGUUUGUGCAUUUUGCCAGAGGCCUUCCACUUGCUCUCAAAAUAUUGGGUAAAGAACUUUAUGGAAAGGGAAGGCUGCAGUGGGAAGAAAAACGGAAGUUACUCGCAGAGAGUCCCAGCCCUUUUAUUGAAAGUGUCUUCCGAGUGAGUUAUGAUGAAUUGAGUUCAGAUCAGAAAAAAGCAUUUCUAGACAUAGCUUGUUUCAGAUCGCAGGAUGUGGCUUAUGUAGAAAGUUUACUUGCUUCAUCUGAAGCAAUGAGUGCAGUAAAAGCUCUCACGGAUAAGUUCCUGAUUAAUACUUGUGACGGUCGAGUGGAGAUGCAUGAUCUACUGUAUACAUUUUCGAGGGAACUUGAUCCUAAAACAUCCACUGAAGAUGAUCGCACAGGACGAAGGUUGUGGCGCCAUCAAGACAUAAUCAAGGAAGGCAAAAUUAAUGUAGUGCAGAAAGAAAUGAGAGCUGCCCAUGUCAGAGGUAUUUUCCUAGAUUUGUCUCAAGUGAAGGGCGAAACGAGCUUAGCUAAAGAUCACUUCAACCGUAUGACUAAUCUACGGUAUCUCAAGGUCUAUAAUUCUCAUUGUCCUCAGGAAUGUAAAACUGAAAAUAGGAUUAACAUCCCUGAUGGACUUAAGCUACCAUUGAAAGAGGUUCGAUGCCUCCACUGGUUGAAAUUCCCAUUAGAUGAACUUCCCGAAGCUUUCAACCCGAUUAAUCUCGUCGACCUUAAGCUGCCAUACAGUGAGAUUGAACGACUUUGGGAGGGUGACAAGGAUACACCAGUCUUAAAAUGGGUCGAUCUCAAUCACUCAAGUAUGUUGAGCAGCUUGUCAGGAUUAUCAAAGGCUCCAAAUCUUCAAGGACUGAACCUUGAAGGGUGCACACGUCUUGAAUCUCUUGCAGAUGUGGAUUCCAAAUCACUGAAAAGUCUCACCCUCAGCGGCUGCACAAGCUUCAAGAAAUUCCCGUUGAUUCCAGAAAAUCUAGAAGCUUUACACUUAGACAGAACAGCAAUAAGUCAACUUCCUGACAACGUGGUGAACCUCAAGAAACUUGUCUUAUUAAAUAUGAAGGACUGCGAACUGCUAGAGAAUAUCCCGACCUGUGUUGAUAAGCUGAAAGCUCUUCAAAAGCUGGUACUCUCUGGUUGUAAAAAGCUCCAGAAUUUUCCAGAAGUCAACAAGAGCUCUUUAAAAAUUUUACUCCUGGAUAGGACAGCCAUAAAAACGAUGCCACAGUUACCAUCAGUGCAGUAUCUAUGCUUAAGCUUCAAUGAUCAUCUUAGCUGCAUUCCAGCUGACAUCAAUCAACUUUCUCAAUUAACACGGCUGGAUUUGAAGUAUUGUAAGAGUCUUACCUCUGUUCCAGAGUUACCACCAAAUCUUCAGUACUUUGAUGCAGACGGCUGUAGCGCACUGAAGACUGUUGCAAAACCGCUGGCCCGCAUCAUGCCGACCGUGCAGAACCACUGCACUUUCAAUUUCACCAACUGUGGUAACCUGGAGCAAGCUGCAAAGGAGGAAAUUGCAUCGUAUGCGCAAAGGAAAUGCCAGUUACUAUCAGAUGCUCGUAAACACUAUGAUGAGGGUCUUAGUUCAGAGGCUUUGUUCACCACUUGCUUCCCUGGAUGUGAGGUGCCUUCGUGGUUUUGUCAUGACGGAGUUGGAUCUCGGUUGGAACUCAAACUGCUCCCACAUUGGCAUGACAAGAGCCUUUCUGGGAUAGCUUUAUGUGCUGUAAUCUCAUUUCCUGGUGUCGAAGAUCAAACCAGCGGCUUGUCGGUGGCAUGCACCUUUACGAUAAAAGCUGGAAGAACAUCAUGGAUCCCCUUUACUUGCCCAGUAGGAAGUUGGACUAGAGAAGGAGAAACGAUUCAGUCAAAUCAUGUUUUUAUAGCCUACAUUAGUUGCCCACAUACCAUAAGGUGUCUCAAAGACGAGAACUCUGACAAAUGCAAUUUUACUGAAGCCUCCCUUGAGUUUACUGUGACAGGUGGGACAAGUGAGAUAGGAAAGGUGUUGAGGUGCGGUUUGAGUUUGGUGUACGAAAAAAAUAAAAACAAAAACAGUUCUCAUGAGGCAACGUAUGAUAUGCCUGUUGAAGUGAGCUAUAAGGAACCUCAGCAAAAUAAAAAAAGAAGUGUUGAUAGACGACCAAAGAAUAAACGAAAAGUCAGACGAUUGAUACCAUCCAGUAUCACCCGAACUUGUGGGGCAAGUGUAACUCCAAUAAUGGGAGAUCUCCAAGCAAGUAGUUGAAAAAUAUCCAAGGGGGGAUGACGAUGUUUCAGGUGAGCCAUAUUCUUACCAAAAACUCCAAGUAGUUAUAGAGAAAAUUGUCCCUUUGUAAAAAUGUGGUUCAUGGUCGUGUAUCUUUACAGAUGUCAUUGGUGGAGCAAGUCCUUCUAGAGCAGUUGAUGUACUUUUUGCUCUCUGUGUAAAGCUAAAGCAUCUGCUUCAGACAAAAGCCUCUUUCUUACCAUCGCCAACGGAUUUGGCAGAGUAAUUUUUGCUUACAAAAGCUUUUUUUUACCAUCAUUUUAUUUUCUUUUAACUUCAGUGUUCAAUGGACGUCUGGACAAGUUACAGAGCAGAAAGGAAGUCUCUUAUUAGAGACAUUAAGUUUCUGUUUCUGGUUCAAGUUAAUUUCAGGGUCUUGUUUGGUAUCUUUCUGGUAUUUUAAGCUGUGUAAGACUCUUUUUUACAGUUGAAUAAAGAAAUU